CUGUGAGGGGACAUCCCACCGGACCUGUUACCACUGGAUAAUGAGUGACCGAACAGGACCAUCGGCUACAAUGAGAGUGUUACAGGAAAAGGAGGAUGCAACGAACGAAAGAAAGUUGAUAAAAUCUCAGGUGGAGAAACGUCGCCGGGAGAGAAUGAACCGCAGUCUGGAGCGUCUCAGGACCAUGCUGCUUCAGGAGCCACAACAACCGGUUGGGACUCAGCACAGAGUGGAGAAAGCGGAAAUACUGGAGCACACAGUCCUGUUUCUGCAGAACACCGCCAAAGGAGACAAGACGAGAGCUGGAGGUGGUGUCAUUGGUGGUGGUGGUGGUGGAGGAGGAGGACGAGGAGGCCAGAAAUACUCCUUCCAAGACGGCUUCUCCACCUGCCUGCAGAAAGCUGCUCAGUUCCUGGGACCUGAUGGGAAAGGCCUGUGGCUCGGAGCAGCACUGAAUGCGUCUUUUGCUGCUCGCUUCUCCCGCUCAGACUUUGAUUCUGCAGGCGCCCAAAAGAGAACUGAAGCCCGUUCCUCCUCCAGCUCUCUGUCACACACAAAGUCCAUCCUUCGGAUGCUGAGGCUAAAGUCCAAGCACAGACUGCAUGCACGAGCCGUAAGUCAUCCGUACCGGCUUCCAGUGCAGCAGGAACCCCCCAGAAUUCCCCAACAUCCCCAGAGACAAAAUCAGGUUGAGCUCAGGGUGGAGAGAGGAGCGACCAAACAGAGCCCGUCCCAGAGCCACCCGGACAACCAGACUCUGUGGAGGCCUUGGCCCUGAUCACCAGGCAUGGACCUCCUGAAACUGAACUUUCAAUAACUUUAAUAACAAAUUGAUAUUCACUGGUGUCAACCGUACUGUUCCUGAAUGAAUACUUUCAUUGUAAUCUAGUGAACACCGACCUUUGGUCCUCUGUUAACUCCUCACAGUUUUGGUUUUCAACCUCAAAGUCUGUAAAUAAUGUAAAAAUGUAACUUGUGCAUGUGCUGUAUGUGUGAUAGGGUUGACUCACUACUUGCAGUCAGUGGGGCAGCCAUGUAUUCUGCCUGCAGGCGCAGGGACUCUCCCAGAGUGGGACACACUGCUGCUGUGCUGAGGAGCGAGUUCAGAGGUGUGGGACCUCAGGGUUCGAGGCUGGGAGAGCCCCAUGAAGCCCCUCACGUUCACCUGAGUGCCACGAUGGCAUUCAUGACACCUGUGUGUCUUGUAUUUUCUAUAAAUGAAACAUCUUGUCUAUUUUGCACACUAAUUUA